CAGUCGAGCAAGUUCCUGGGAAAUCAAAACAAACACAGCAGACACACUGUAGCUAAUGUCAGUGAAAGCUUACUGAAAGCUGUAUCUGUUAGCGAUCAGCCUGCUGUCUCAUCAUGCUACUGAAAUCAUGCUGCAUUUACAGCGUAGGAGUUUUUUCUUUGCUAUUUUUGAUCACGGGCAUUUCUCUGGUCUUGUCUAACGUAUUUCCACAUUUUUUGCAGUCGGUAGUUAAAAAGGAAGUAGUUUUGAAGAAUGGCACAGAGGCAUUUAAAGCCUGGGAGAAUCCACCAGCACCCAUCUACAUGCAGUUUUACUUCUUUAACCUGACCAAUCCCCUAGAGGUGCUGGAUGGGGACAGGCCUGCUGUGGUGGAGAUUGGACCAUACACGUACAGGGAGUACCGGCCUAUGGAGCAAGUGAACUUCCAGGAUAAUGGCACUAAAGUAACAGCUGUCAAUACUAAAACCUACAUAUUCCAGCGUAACAUGUCUCGAGGUCCAGAGAGUGACCUCAUCAGGACAGUCAACGUCCCUGCCUUGACGGUAAUGGAGAGAUUCAAGGACGAGCCUUUCUUUGACAAUCUGAUCUCCUCCUACAUGAAGUCCACUGACGAAGGCCUGUUCACCACCCGCACAGUGGGGGAGCUGCUGUGGGGAUAUGAAGAUGCCCUGCUCAAAGCCAUCCAAACUGUAAAACCUGAUCUGGAUGAUGUAUUCGGACUCUUCUAUAAGAGCAAUGCUUCCAACGACGGUGAAUAUAUGUUCUUCACUGGCCAGCAAAACUACAAGGACUUUGCUAGAGUGGAUACAUGGAACGGUGAAAGCUCGCUGAAUUGGUGGACAUCUGAUGAGUGCAACAUGAUUAAUGGAACCAACGGAGCGUCAUUCCAUCCGGUCAUCACCAAGACUGAGAAGCUCUACAUGUUCUCCUCUGACCUGUGCAGGUCUCUGUACGCUUUGUAUGAGGAGGAUGUGACAGUGAAAGGGAUCCAUGGGUAUCGCUUCACUCCCCCCAGUGAGGUGUUUGCCAAUAUGACCGUGAAUCCAGCAAAUGCAGGCUUCUGUGUCCCUGCUGGAAAUUGCCUGGGCUCUGGUGUGUUGAAUGUCAGCGGAUGUAAACAAGGAGCUCCCAUCAUCAUGUCUUCACCACACUUCUACCAGGCAGAUGAGAAAUUUGUUGAGGAUAUAUUUGGUAUGAAGCCUAACAAGGAAGAGCAUGAGACAACCAUUGAUAUCAAUCCGCUAACAGGAAUCAUUCUGCAAGCAGCAAAGCGGAUCCAGGUCAACGUGUAUGUGGAAAAAAUUCCCAACUUCAGUCAAACAGGAAAUGUGAGGACAAUGGUCUUGCCUGUGGUUUACCUAAAUGAGAGCGUUGUCAUUGACGACGAGUCGGUCGUGAAGCUGAAGGUGAUUGCUCUCGAGCAGAAUGUUGUGGUCAACAUUCCGUUCAUGCUGAUUGGCGUAGGCAUCACUCUGGGAGGAAUCUUCAUGUUCCUGAUGUGUCGACAAAAGAUUCCUGAGAGCACUGCUGCUGAACGACAGCCCCUGCUCUCAUCAUAGCACCAAACAGGAUUUGAAAAGAAGAAGAUUGUCACGUUUGCAGUAUAACUCAACAUCUCAAGGGUUCAGUAACAGUUUCACCCCUAAGUAACAGUUUGAAAAUGUCCAUUGUUAACAAGAAUUACUCAUUUUAAUCUGUUAGUCUGUUGGUUGAAGAAAGUGAAAGGAAAGAAGGAAGUGAAGUGUUUUUGUUGUUUCUUACGGGGAUGGGACUAAUGUCUUCUUCUCAUUUCAGUUCUAAUGAUGCUGAAAUCCCUUUUUUUUUUUUCAAAUCUUUAAUUGAGUUUAUUUUUCUUUUUAAUUCUCAAUAUGUGGCUUAGAACCUGAGCAGAAUAAUUGAACUCUCCUUCAAAAUCUGAUUUAGAUCCUCUAGAGAGACGGGUCAGAACAAAUCCAAAAAUUAAAGGAUUUACAGUGGUUUGGUGAGACUGUUGAGGCAGCACGAAUAAGAAAUGCAAGAGAAAUGUCCUCUUGUUCCUCUUUCACAUCAUCUUUAUUUCUAGACAUAAACCAAGUGAACAAAGUCAAGCUCUGCAAAUAUCGUCAUUUUCAGUCAUGCCCUGUCCUCCUUUUCAUUUAGACUUCUCGCUCAGUCUCCUGAGGUGUCUGAAGCUCUGAAUCUAUCGUGAAUCAGAUCAGCUUCAUUUCAAAACCAUGCACCCUGCUCUAGCUUUCGGUGGAAACACAGUAAUCUACAGUACACAUGUAUAUAGUAUGAUGUGGAAUAACAGCCAAAUAGUAUUACUUCAACAGUGGCAGUAUAAAGGGAAGGUUGUUUUUUUUUGCCAGGUGUGGAUGUUUUGUCUCAAUAUGCACUACUUUCUUUCCCCUAAUUCCAAUAUGUCGGCAUGAAUGUGUGAUUUUUAAUUUCUACAGAUAUUAUGUUAAAAUCAGUGUAUACAGAGACACUACUGAUAGACUUUUGCAAAUAUUAAAUAAUGUAUACCUUUUUAACCUCCAUGAUUUUUACUUUUAAAUUCUGCAUUUCUGAAUGUUAUUAGAUUGAUGGGACUUUAUUUAAAGUUUGCAGAAAAAUACAGUGUUUUUUUGGGGGGGGGGCUACAGCUGUUUGGAUAGCUCACUCCUCAAACCUAAUGGCUUUUCUGUCCAGCACUAUACAGAAUGUUAUUAAAAUGUGUCCAUUUUAACCAAUGUUUCAAACACAUCACUGACAAGCUGUCUACCGUUAAUGUAGUUGUGGAGUUUUUUUUAUAUGUAAAAGAUAAUGUGUGCACCACUACUACUGCAUAGUAAAAUCAAUACAUAAUCACUGUUUACAUAUAAUGGUUCACGUAUCCAACAAUUUGCACAUUGUCUUGUCAUUUGCUACAACCUCAAUAAACUCUGUGUGCUUCAUGUU